AUGAGCAGAAGAUCUACACGGACCGAACGAAGGCUACGCUCAAUCCGGGUCGACGUCGGAAAUGCUGAAGCAUUUACCACCAGAUCAAGGAGAGUUUCUGGCCGGUUAACGAAAAGUGAGGUGGGUUCUUUGAUGCUUCUUCUUGCUGCCGACGCUGUGUUAGAAGACGGAAGGGAGGAACGUGAUAUGUUAAGCACUGAACGUCUCGCGUUAAAGAUGGGUCUUCUAAAUAUGAAUCAUGCUCCUCUCGGAUCUCCUGAAUUGCCUAAGAAUUUCUCAGAUGUGGAUGGUAGUGCGUCUUCUGCUGGAGAUUCUGACAGUGUCGUCGAAAGGGCUAUCAAUCCUUCGCAAGCCGAUGAGGAAUACACAAACGUCCCCACGCAUCCUUUUCUGAUUGAACACAUCCUUCUUAAUGUGAUGGAGUUUUUGCCGUGGGAAAGUUUACUACGUACACGGGGUGUAAACAAGUUUUUCUUUCGCUUGUCAUUAUCCUUCUUGAGUGUAUGCCGACCGCCACGCAGUACAACACCAGCUCUAUUCAUUCCGUGUCAUGAGGAUCUGUUGAUGAAUGAAGAUAUUAUUGAGGCGCAGUUAUCAUCUGCACGUGGUUCGUGGGUGUGCUCUGAGUGCGGAAUGUUGGUAAACCUUCGUACCUCGCGCCUUAAGCCUUGCUGUCAAAAUUCACGCCCUGAGGGACAGCGAAUGUUUAUUGGUCAACUUCGACGUGAUGGUACUGUCCCAAUGGUAAAGUGGCUCAUGUCAACAGUUUUGCAGGUGCCAUCUGAUGCUCUUAUUUCAGUGGAGAACCAUCGUAACAAGACUUCUAAUCGAGGAAAAGGCUGUGCCUGGGUGACGCUACGGGAGUCUGCAGUAUCCAGUCUCCUGAAAUACCAUCAUCGUAUUUUCUUCGAUAGUGUGCGGGGUGUUGAAGGUGUUUGGGUGGUGCCAUCUCAUUCUCGUGAAAUGUUGGCCACCGUCGCCAGUGUGCGAGGAUCAAUGCCGGAUCGAGCAAAACACAUGCCACGCAACACACUUGUUGUGGAGAUGCCACUCUCAGUGUUAUCACCGGUCCCACCCCCACCACGACCUGCAAUUCCAAUUGACAGAAUGAAUAUGAUUUCACUGACACCACCACCACUACUACCACUGCCAAUGCCACUGCCACCAACAUCGUCAAUGUCACCGCCGCCUUAUGAUGUUUCGUCGAUGUUGAACCAACGGAGUGGCCCUAAACCGCGAGGACCAUGGAGGCAUGACCCCUACUCCUUUUCAUUGAUUAUUUCCCCUCAGUUUCAUUAUUAA